UCAACCAUGUGACAACGGUAGCUAGGUGUUUGGUCCGCGCACAUUGGUUCACAGGGUUCACAUGUGUUAUCUUAUCUGAGUCGUGCAUGUGUGUUUCGAUGUGUGGCACAGCGAACGUUUUUAAGUGAUUACAUGUGGAGCGCAUCAAACCGCUUGUCAGAUGGAGGCUGGCGACAACCGAAGCACCGUUGUGAUAGGUUUCUUGAGCUCACCCUUUGCUCGCCUACACUACUGCUGAGCACCGGUUAGUUUUAGCAACAUGAAUGCUGAAUGUGAACCGACGCUUGCGGUGGAUUCCGUGUUAAGAAGGUCAGGAGAGCUGCCAGUCAAAGAAAAAAUAGAAGUUAAAGGCUACGAUUUCAACGAUGGCAUCGACUACGCUCGCAUUCUUGAAAGCUACAAGUGCUCUGGCUUUCAGGCGACACAUUUUGACCGCGCUGUCAACGAAAUCAACCGCAUGCUGGAAUGCAGAUCUGUGCCUCUUGGGAAGGAUCAGCUUGACCAGCACGAAACCGAUGAGUUCAUUCGUAGAAAAUACGGCUGCACAAUUUUUUUGGGUUACACCUCGAAUAUGGCGUCUGCAGGUGUCAGAGACGUCAUCAGAUUUAUUGUGGAGCACAAGAUGGUUGAUUGCAUAGUAACAACUGCGGGUGGUGUCGAAGAGGACCUAAUUAAGUGUCUUGCACCUACCUAUGUGGGAGACUUCAGUUUGAAAGGAAGCUCACUCCGUGAUUUAGGCAUCAAUCGCAUAGGGAAUUUGCUGGCUCCAAAUGACAAUUAUUGCCUUUUUGAGAAUUGGGUGAUUCCAAUUUUUAACAAGAUGCUUGAAGAGCAGCGCAUGCAUGGUACUAUCUGGUCACCAUCAAAAAUGAUAGAAAUGUUUGGGAAUGAAAUCAAUGACCAAAGGUCUAUUUAUUACUGGGCUGCAAAGAACAAGAUUCCUGUAUUCUGUCCAGCACUAACAGAUGGCUCUCUUGGUGAUAUGAUCUACUUUCAUUCAUACCGAAAUCCUGGUUUAAUUGUAGACAUAGCUCAAGACAUUCGUCGAAUUAAUUCAAUUGCAGUGAAAGCAGUGCGGUCUGGUAUGGUGAUUGUGGGGGGUGGACUUGUAAAGCACCACAUCUGCAACUCAAACAUGAUGCGCAAUGGUGCAGAUUUUGCAGUGUAUCUCAACACAGGUGCAGAGUUUGAUGGCAGCGAUUCAGGGGCAACACCUGAUGAAGCGGUGUCAUGGGGAAAAAUCCGCCAAGAUGCUCGUCCUGUAAAAAUUUGUGCAGAUGCCACGCUUGUGUUUCCUCUCCUUGUUGCACAAACGUUUGCCACGUGGCAUUUCCAGAACAAGCAAAUGGUAAAUGGUGACAAAGGAAACAUGCUAUGAAGGCUGUUGUGAGCCUCCAAAUUGUACCUUUUACAAUUUGUUUUUGUCUGGUUGCUACUUAGCUAUUGAUGUUGUGCAUGAGAGGUCUGAAUAUCUAAUGCUUUUUAUUGUUUAGAAAAUUUUUAAGUAUAAAGCCCCUAGCUUAUAUAGCAUUUCUCUAUAAUGAAAAGCCAAAACGAUUACUGGAAAAAAAAUAUUUUAGGUGUUUUGCUGCAAUCAGAAUUGUGUGAGCAGAUGCUGGGAACUUGCAUAUUGCAAGAAAUGUGAUGACCAGCAUCGUGAGUAGAAAUUUUAGAAAAUUGUGCGCUAUGUGUAAAGAAAGGAAUGUUGUGUAGCCAUUUUAAUGAGUGUCAUAAGUGCAGUUAUUGCAAAUAGAAUGAUUCAUGCAUAAAGCAUUUCUUCUAUGGCCUAUUAUAAUUGGACUCGUGCCUACUUGUAUAAUAGUAUCAGUGAUCAUGUUAUUGAGGCCUAGUUAUGCUUUGUGUUAAUACAUCUUUAAAUAUUAAACUGCCUAUUAAUGUGUUAUGCUCAAGCCCUAUGCUAGUUAAUGAGAGGUAUUCGAACAAGAAUCCAUAGAAAAUUUUGUAAUAGGCUUGACUUUGUAUUGUUGAUGUUCUAAUACGAUUUUAUAGUAAAAUCAAUAAUUGUAUGGUGUAACUGUCAGUUCAAGUUUCUUGCCUGCACAUGCAUGCGUUGUUUUUUGAUUGCCUGUUUAUAUAUUCUUUCUUUUCUAAUAAAUAGUUUAGUUGCGAGAAAGCGCUUGUCCUCUCUUCCUUUCUGUUUAUUCGUGCGCUUGAACUGACAGUUAUACCAUGCAUAUCCAACCAGCCCAACUUUCGAUUCUGUUGCAAUUCAUAAUAAUUGUAUUUACGUGACGAGUAUUAGUUGAACGAGUUUUAGGGAAGGCUGUCCAUCUGGAAGUGUAGAAUUGCUGACGAGUGCAUUCUUUAGAACCAGCAUUGUUAUAUUUAAUGCUGCAUUGUUGAUGCAGUAUUCAAUUUAUUAUUAGAAAUGUAGAUAAUACAUGGUAGAUUGAAUUGUCAGUUGUAAAAAGGUAUUUAGCUUGCCUUUUUUAGCAAAGUUUCUUGGCUGUCUGAUAUCUUAUUACUCUUUACUUCAGGUUCUAGAGUGAUUAGAUUUGCUUAUGAAGGUUUUCUUAACUUAUUCCCAGUAAAAUAUGAUAGUAAAGACUGCAUUAGUGAAUUUUCAAAUGUUGGCACAAUCUUGAUACUGUUCCUACUGCCAAUUUGUUGUUUUAGCAUGCUGUGUGCAGCGUGACCAGGAAUGUACUGUAGUGGCAGUACAUGAAUGUACUGCAGUGGCAGAAUGUACUGCAUGGCAAUUAAUUCCUGAAAAAUAAUUUGCAUUAUUUUUGGAAACUUCACAAGCAGUGGCCAGAGAUACUUGAAAGUAAAAAAAAAGGAAAUCGUGUCCAUAAUAUAAGCAAAAUGGUCUGCAGCUGGUUUUUUUUUUUUUUUUUUGCUGCGUUUCUGUACGUGCUUCCCACAAAUGACGAAAGCAAAGGGAAGAGUUGAGCUUUUUUCUGUGUGCAGAGAAGUCUUCUUGCACAAAACCUUACUUUCUCUCCUAAAAUUGGCGACAUGGUGGUCUGGCCACGAGCACUGUAGAAAAUCACUUUUUGCACAUGUACACGCAUAAAAAGUGUCAAAACUGAGAGUAUGUUCUGUGGGUAAGGCAUUCUGCAAGGUUUGUUUUCCAACAAAGAAUUAUAGUUCACAGAUUGCUUUUAUUUCUCAAAGCACAUUCUCCUCUUUCCAUUCCCGUGAAGAUACUCAGCACCACAAAUCAUUUUCAGAAAUCUACAGGGAUGUAAUUCUCUACGCGUGGUCAUUAGCCAACCAUUGUGGCAUAGGAAUAAAAAGGCUGAUGUGAAACGUAGGCAGAAAUGUUGAACAGGAAGAACAGGUCAUUCUGCUAACUACAAAAAAUAGGCAAAAAAAAAAGACAAGAACACUGAAGGCACACGCUGUGCUUGUGCGUGUGCCUUCUGUGUUCUUGUCUGUUUCACGCAGUUUUUCUAGUUAUGAAUUACCAACUCGCCCAGUGUUCAGUCGUCAUUCUGCUAGUCUUGUCGAGGUUAUUUCGACGGAAAAUAUUUCUGCUUGUGCGUGCAUAGUUGGAGUUAUCAAAAGGCUUUGCUGUGCUCAUUCACUUUCAUUGUGAAGAGUGCGAAAAACAGUCGCAUUUGGAGUGCGAAAAACAGUCUGUGAACAAGAUUUUUGUUUUGCAAACAAACCUUGCAGAAAAGCCUACUUGCACAUUUUAUGCAAGUUGCCUGUUUAAGGUGGAACGCAUUAUAAGUGUGCAAAGUAGAGGAUAUGCAUUCAAAAAUAUAGAUGUCCUCAUUACACGUCUUAAAGUUCGGUUCUUGUUAAUUUUUAAUACAGCUUUAUCAAAA